UUCUGUGUUGCAUCAUCCUGCGCAACCCACACUCCUCACUUCUAUUCACUUCAUCUUCUUCUUCUCCUUCUCCUUUAUUUUCUGCCUCUAUAACUCUUGCGUCUGCAACAAGCCACACGAGCUCUCUCGCCCUCCUUUCAACACUCCAGUAUUCAAACCCAGCCGCGGUAGAAAACAUCGCCCUCGCCACUACACCACUCCUUUCGCCUAACAAACCAAAACCACCUAGACAGCAUCUCCACAUUCGUCACCACGAUUCCUCGACGCCCAUCCACCAGCCGAGCUGUCCAGCUCCUCUCGAUCUCCGUGUCCAGGUUUACCACUCGCUUAAUCCAUCAGACGCCCAUCUGUUACUUCAAGAUGGCCUGGCGAAGCUCCGGCGCGACAAAUGAGGAACUGGUGGAGAACAUGUGGAAGCGUGGGCUUAUCAAGGACCAAAGGGUCAAGGACGCAUUUCUCAAGGUUGAUCGCGCACACUACGCCCCCGGCGCGCCAUACGAAGACUCGCCCCAAUCCAUAGGUCACAAGGCCACCAUUUCAGCUCCCCAUAUGCAUGCCACCGCCGCCGAAUCCCUUCUUCCACACAUCCUUCCCUCCGACAAGAAGCCCGCGCCGCGGGUGCUCGAUAUUGGCUCUGGGUCGGGUUACCUAACACACCUCCUCGCCGAGCUCGCGGGAGAGAAGGGGCUCGUGGUGGGGCUGGAGCAUAUUCAGGCGCUGCGCGAUCUCGGCGAGAAGAACAUGGGCAAGAGCGCCGAGGGACGGGAACUGCUCGAAAGCGGUCGGGUGAAGUUCCAUAUCGGCGACGGGCGGAAGGGGUGGACCGAGCCACCAAAGGGCUGCGAAGAGGCGGCCGGGACCGGGUGGGAUGCCAUCCACGUCGGCGCCGCUGCGGUGGAGCUUCACCAGGACUUGGUGGAUCAGCUCAGGGCUCCGGGGAGGAUGUUCAUUCCUGUCGAGGACGACAACGGCCACGGCCAGUACGUGUGGGCAGUUGACAAGAAGGAGGAUGGGUCUGUUGUCAAGGAAAGGCUGUUUGGCGUUCGAUAUGUGCCACUGACUGAUGCGCCCAAACCGUAAAUCCACGUUCACGGACGCCGAUGGGUUCGACUGAUGAUUUGCAACGACCUUGUACGAUACCCCCUAAAUAAGACCAGCAAACUGUUCGGUAGCAUGAAGAGGAGAAAUCACGUUCUGCUACGCAUUGUUCUGGCUGCAAUUCUACAAUGACUUGCUUCCAGCAACCUCAACGACUGACAGCAGCCCACACGGGGCUAUGUGGCCACGUACAGGCAGCGCUAUUACUAGCAGUCGCCGUUCACUUA